AUUGGCCGAAAAUGUAAAAGGUUCUCCCAUUCACCGCGUGAUGUCGCUGAAGUUCAAGUGUGCAGAUUUCACCGCUGACUCUUAUUGCACAUGCCCUACUACCGAGAUUGAAUAUACUUGUAAACUUCGUGGUGUACUUUGUACUUCUAGAUUGUAGCUUAGAUGAUUCUAGAUUGCGUUUUUCAUGAUUCUGUAUAGUUUGUGUGUGAGAAUCUACGCUAAACUGCACUGUGUAAAACUGCUUUCAAACGAUUCCGCCUGUGAAACCAUGAAGAUUGUGAGCUGACUGGGAAACUAUACUACGAUGCAGGGUGUGAAAAGCGUGGAAGACACAUGGAAGAGAGUACUGUCCACAGCAUUGGGCGGCAGAUUAAGGAACUUCUGUCGGCACUGUUCGGCCAAUGGCCACUAAGUUGCGCGAUUCGAAUUUGUGUAUGCGCGCGAAUGUGCGUAUGCUAAAUACCUGCUGGAAGUCUCGAUGCUGUCUUGAACUUAAUAAAAUCUUGGGAUGAUCUGUGUUGAAUUAGCAAUUGUGCUGACAUCAAAAUGCCACGCGUGUGUUGCAUAAAAACCUGUUUGUACAGUAAAGCGAAAAAUUGUCGUAAUAUUAAACUUCCUCUUUUUAGAUUACCACGGGACCCAACAAUGCAAGAGAAAUGGCUCUCCAUUGCUGAUGGGAAAAUGCGAAAAAUGCAGGCAACUCCAAAAAUAAUAUACUUUUGUGAGAAGCAUUUUGAGGAAUCGGAUAUUAUUCGAACUUUCGAUGUCGUAAUUGGCAACAUUAGGGAUACAAUACCCUGUAAUUUAGUGAAAUUGAAAUCCAGUGCAGUUCCACGAAUUUUCCAUGAUUCUUCAUCCAGCAAAAAUGAUAUUAAGAAAAAUCUUAGUAAAAGAAAAGACGCAUCUGAAACUAUUAACAAAAACAGAAAUCAUUUGCCUGCAAAUUCUGUAAGUCUGCUAUCUUGCUGUAUACCUAACUGUAAAAAUUACAACAGUAAAAAGAGAACAAAAACAAAAAAAGUUAAGUAUUUUACUUUCCCAAAAGAUAAAACAGUUCUAAAUGCAUGGCUUAAAGCAUGCCAAAAAAAACUUGAAGAUAUAAACGUUAAGACAGAUUGGAUUUGUGAAGAACAUUUUACAGAUGACUGUUUUCAUUAUGUUUUAACAAAGCUUCGUGUAGAAGGAAAAAACCCAAGAAGAGUCAAAAAACUGAAACACGGUUCUAUUCCAACUCUUAAUUUAAAUUUACCAAAACUGCGAAGAAACACUAUAACUGAAACUAAUUCAGAAAUUAAUAGUGAUGAUCAAAAUGUUUGUUCCCAUAAAAACGAACAAUUUCGAUAUGGAUUUGCAUGUUAUUCUCACCUUGCGAAAAAGGAACGGCGUUUUCAUUCUCUUGAUAAUAUAUUACAUGUUGACUAGAACGCAAGGGAUCUGGACCUCUAAUGCCUGCAUAAAUUGAUCUUUUCAGUUGAAGUGAAUCUUUCUACUCUAUCGGACAGGGGAGUGAUGGAUAAAUUGAGAUAAAUCCAACAGAGGAAUAUCAGUAACUUCUGGAAUUUUUCUUCGCUUACAAAUAAAGCAUUUCAAGGAUUCUAAAAAUGGUAUUUUGAGACUUUAUUUUUCUGCGUUUAUAUUUUUUCUUUAUAUUUAUUUUGAAUGAAAACAAUGAGAAUAUUUCUUUUUCUGUUCCUUGUACGUGUGGAAAUGUUCACCAAAUUUGGAAUGACACUCUUUAUUAUAUUAUCCACAUAUUUUGCAAUGCAAAUGAAAUAAUUGAAACAUUUUUUUGUGUUUAUACUUACUAGCGAACAGCAGGUUUACGAGCUCAAGUUUAAUGUUGUUUUGUAACGUUUUAUUAUAAUUUUUUCCAUAUUAAGUUUUUCUUAGUUGUGGCGUGUGAAUAGGGAUUACAUUGUGUCAAGAAGUUAAGACCGGUUAUAUAUUGAUGCAUUUGCUGCAAUUUUUUUGUAAAUAGUCUUUGAACAUUGUAUUAAUGUUUUUUUCUGAUGAAGACUAGUUCAUUAUGAAGAGUUUUUUUUAAACGUAUGCUGGGGUGCUAUUUUACAAUUCUUAGAACUCAAAAACUGUAACGGGAGAUGCACGAGAUGUGACGUACAUUUUCAUAGUUUCUGUCAAAAUUCUUGUGUACAUUACUAAUAAGCUUGUGUGAACUCUUAAGAGCAAUUCUCACAUUUCUUCUGAAAAUGAUGUUACACUAAAGCUUGCCAUUUUUAUUUUGUUCUUUUUAUAAAUUUGUAUCCAAUUCAUAUUUUCCAGUAAU